CUCUCAUAUAAGUUGUCUUAUUUUUGCCAUCGCUUUCUCCAUCUCGCAUCCACAAUGUCAGAAUCAACUUUUGCCGUUGAUCCGCGACCACCGCGAAAACGUCAGCGUGCCCGCAAAGCCUGCCUCCCAUGCCGCCAACGCAAAAGGAAAUGCGACGUCCAAUUCCCAUGUUCCGCAUGUUCGACAUACGGUUACCAAUGUCAAUACCCCGCCGACGAUGGCCCUUCAGCCCCGUUCGUCGGCAAGUCACAUGCCUCUCACGUGUCCCCGAAUUCGACGGCCUCUCCGUUCGGAAGUAGUCCCACGAAAGCAGCAAGAAUAGCGAGAUUAGAGCGUGAUGAGACUCCGGAAUCGCCGGAAUCAGCUGUCGAUCAUCAAGGGAUUCUGGAUCCGGUGAAGACGAGGUAUAUGGGUCUUCAUUCCGUGAUGGCAUUCCCGAGGAAUCUAGGGUUGGAAUUCCAAUCAGCGAAUCCUCCGCGGGUGCACUCUUUCGCAUGGAAUUGUGGUAUCAGGAAAGAAGACGAUGGAAGCAACCAUACCAACUUAAAGGAUUUGAUUUCGAGAGAGAAUUUCGAGCUUUACCAAAGAGUAUACUUUGAAGCCGUGCAUCCGAUGUUUGGGAUACUGGACAAACAAAUAUUUUCACGAAAUGCUGAUCAGUUCUGGAGUGAAACCGGUGGCCAUUCCGCUUUUGAGGCGAUUCUUGCUGGCGUUGUUGCUUUGGGGUCUUUCUUUUCUGCUACUCUGGGACAUCCAAGGGAGUUGGAGAUUGUACAGCAUGCCAAGAAUAUCCUCGAGGAUCCAGUGAUAAGUCGACGGGUUUCCAUCGAUCAAGUAUCUGCGUGGAUACUCAGGACACUGUAUUUGAGGUUAACGACUAGGCCUCACAUGGCCUGGCUUGCUAGCAAUAUUGCCAUGCAUCUGGCGGAAGCAACAGGUAUCCAUCACGAGAUGGAUGCAGUGGUGUUGACGACGGACUCCUCAUCACAAAUUGUACCAAAUCAAAGCGGAUGCGAACAGGCCCGUCGAUUAUUCUGGUGUGCUUGGAUGAUCAAUUCUAUGAUUUCAUAUGAAUAUGGACGGUCCAGCUCAUCUCUCAAUAACAUCACUUGCCGACAACCUACAUCAAGCAAGGGCGAUUACACGGCACUCUUAAUCUCAGUGGCUCAGCUAGUUCCACGAGAAUCAUUGGAUGCAGGCCCUGAUCUCCACCAUACUCUUCCACAGAUCCAACAAAUACCCGACGAGCACCCCUUCAUCUCAAUGUCCAAGGCAGAUCUCUGCAUGUCUCUUUACCGACACCACCGUCUACUCAAACAGCCCAUCGACAAGAAAGAAAUAUUGCUGAUCAUCAGCAUUGGCAAUACCGCCACGGAAGCGGCGUGUAAACUUGCACAGGAGAACAAGUUCUGGUGGAAUGUCCUGUGCACCGUCUUCCAAUAUGCCUGUGUUCUCCUGGCAAUCGACACCCUAGACAGUCUUGCCCAAGUUCAAAAUGCAAUGUGCACGCUCGAGAAUAUUGCUGCGCAGCUACAAAAUCAUGUCUCGACUGAAGCUGUGAACACAUUGAGGAUUCUGUUGAGGGACUCGAUGAAGAAGAAACGGCAGGAGGUACAGCUGCUUGAAGCGGCGGAUUCGGAUCUUGGUGCGAAUACGAGCAAUGAGUUGGGAGAUAUGGAAAAUGUGGAUAUCAAUUGGGAUGCUUUACUAGACCCGUGGUAUGUUCCGACCUUGUUGCCACAGCAGUUCCAGAUUGGCGCUGAAGAUCGUGGGAUCUUUCCCUCGAUGUGAGACUGGAGUCUGGAUACUGCUUGGCAGUCUUUGUAUCACAACGUCGACAUUAAACACCUUCAUUCAAGACUGAAAAUACAGAAGGUUUACUUACGGAUAGUCAGCAGGAUCAAUCUCCAAGUUGUGCUUUUUAUUUGGCCAUCUGUACACUCAAUUCACAAGCGCGACUUUCUUUUCCAUUGCUGGAGUUGCAUGCAAGGCUUACUCGAAGCAAUCUCAAUUAAGUCCUCAAACAAGCCUCAUCCUUUUUAACUGCAUUAAGGCCGAGAAUAAACCUCCUCUCAAACUUGAUCUCGUUAUCUCUGAAGUGUCUGCAGUAUUCCCGAGCCCUCAUUGCAUCCUCUUCUUCACAGCCAAAACACGAGAAAGUAUCUCGUACUAUCAGCCCUUACACACACUUUCUAGCGAUUGAAGAGUCUCUCCAUGGUUUCUUGGCUUAUACCGCUGACUGGGACUUCUGCUGCGCUGAUGAAAAUGUAGUGCGAAC